AUGGACGUUAGUGGAGAGCAUCAAGUCUUCACUCUAGGAGCUCAAAACACUUGGAGAAUGAUCGAAUGUAAGUGUCCCCAUCUCCCUAUAACUCAAGGUAUAUGCAAGAAUGGGGUUGUUUAUUAUCGAGCUUGGUCUUUCACUCCUGACAAAAAAUAUCAGGUAGUAGUGAGCCUUGAUAUGAAAUCUGAAGGGUUUAAUCUUAUGACAUUACCUGAUUAUGUCAAAAUCGAUCAAUAUGCAAACAAGAAUGGACAAAAGUUUCUGUCGUUCGUUGUUGGAAACAUUUACUUGGCAAUGGGGUAUCACACUGCAGAGGUACUAUCAGCACCGGGGAGCUAA